AUGGCCAAUAAAAUAUUGGAUGCACGAGUCCGUCCCAAGCACAGACGGACGAAAGAAGAGAAAGAGAAAACUGAAAUGCAGGAACAGGAGCAGAAGCUUCAGACUCCAGUCCAUAUCCGCAAAGAAUCGAAUCACAUCGAAUCUAAUCAAAGAAGAAACCCGGAUAUCUCUAGAGUGGAGAGGCGAUGA